AGCAGCUCUGAGACUGUUGUUGCCGGAUAACGUUUUUUUUUUUACGAGACAGGAAACGAGACAAGUACCGAGCCUGAACCAGGGAGGACUACUUUGCCUGUGUGAGCAGAAAUAAAUAUAUAUGAAAAAAUCUUCAAGAUAGCAGUAACUCAGAAAGGACGUUGGAGAAACCUCCUAUGAAGGCAGUUAAUGCAGCUCUAAAUUGGAGAGAAGUUCAGCAGCAGGCAAGUCAAAUCUGAAAUGGGCACCGAGGAGAAAGAUUCAGAGCAUGCAGCUCAGCCUCUGUCAAAGGAGCAGGGGUCACCAGAGAAGGAAAAGGAGUCUCCUGUCGAGCAUCCUCAACCGUCUGAGACCACUGAUCCCCUCAACACCUACAAGUGGCACACCGGCUCCAAGGGAACGCUCAAUGAGCCGCGAGAAGAAGGAGACGGGGCUGCAGCCGCCUCCACAUCCACUAUCGACAAGAUCCACAAGGCCUCCAGCAACAAGUGGAGCAAGAUGCAAAACUGGCGCAAAGCCCUGAGUGAGGAUCCUGGGGACAAGAAUUCAACAGGUGGGAAAAGUGGAGAGGCAACCAAGGCUGAAAAAGGUGCUGGGGUCAUCAGGAAGAACCCGUUCAGGAGGGCUCUGUCCGAGCCUCCUGGAUCUCUUUUUGCAGCUUUAUCACCUUCCUCCAGCUCCGCCAGCUCAGCCCAGCCAGCUUCAUCCUCCUCCUCCUCAUCAGCUGCCCCAGAGGCUGCAGGGGCCUCCUCCAAUGACCCCUCGUCGAAAGGAAGCGGGGGGACGAUCUUCAAGAAGUACCUGUGGAACGUGACCCAGAAGCUCAAGAGGCCGAGGCUGCAGAGCCGCAACAGCGAGCAUGCGCUGCUCCCAGACUUGAAGGAGGUUGAGCCGGCGCAUGCUGCAGCUGGUGAAUUUACAAGACAAAACUGGGUCCCACCGCAGGAGGUCCCCUUAUGGGACAUCACCAACUGCAUCCUGGGAGACGGACAAAUCCUCAUCACUCAAGAGGAUGAGCCGACGACGUGGAUCCGAAACCGUGUCAGCAGCUGUUUGUCCAACCUCAGUGUUCAGAACCUCGCCGACAAUGACGCAGAAUGCAGCCCUGACCCGGUGGGCCUCCCAGGCGGCUCUCGGCCGAAGAAUCAGGACGGUGGUGUGCGGGGACUGAUCAAACGGCGCCUGGAUAAGGCCAAAAGGAACAGUGCCACCCAACUGAACCCGGGACUAAACAAGCUGAGCAGGCAGUAUGGAUCCCGCGAGUCCGUAUCGGUUCCAGUAGGGAGUCUGGAUCUGAGUGCCGACACCAGCACUGUCAUCAGACCGGUCCACAGCUCCAUCUUAGGGGAAAAGUACUGCUUUGAGGUGAUAAAUUCUGAAAACACCCACUGCUUCGGCUGCUCCUCGGCUGCCGAACGCGAUCGUUGGAUUGAAGACCUGAGACGUGCUGCUCAGCCCAACAAGGACAACAUUGAGCGCACUGAGAACUCCUUGAGUCUGUGGGUUAACGAAGCAAAGGAUCUUCCCCCCAAACGGCGUUACUACUGUGAAGUUCACCUAGAUGGAACCCUGUUUGCCCGCACCAGCAGUCGAGCCGUCGGCAAGCCAACUAAUCGCUCCAGCAUGGCUGGGGACGGUGCCUCCGGGUCUUCAGGAGGCCUGGGGGGUGGCGGGGGCGCAGCUGGUGGCUGCCAACUGUUUUGGGGGGAAUUUUUCGAGCUCGACAAUCUUCCCUCCAUCUCCCAAAUCAGCCUGCAUCUCUUCCGUGAGGAAGACUCCAAAAAGAAGCGCCACUCCCGGGACGAGUUCAGCUUGCAUCCCCUGGGCAGCGUGAACAUACCUUUGGCAGAUAUUCGAGGUCGGACCUAUCAAGAGAAGUGGUAUCCCAUCACGCCGUUCAAGGCGUCGGCCACAGCUGGGAACAAGGAGGUGCUGAGUUCACAGGCUUCCCUCCGCAUCAAGGCCCGGUUCCAGAACCUGAAAGUUCUGCCGAUGGAGAAGUACAAAGAGUUUGCGGAGUACGUGACAGUGAGAUAUGUAGAAAUGUGUGGAAACCUGGAGCCACUUCUCAACGUGAAGGAGAAAGAGGAGCUGGCGGGAGCCCUGGUCCACGUACUCCAGAGUAUUGGCAAGGCCAAGGAAUUCCUCAUUGAUUUGGGCGAUGCAGAGGUUAACCGACUCGGAGAGAAGGAAGCAUUGAUCUUCAGAGAAAACACACUGGCUACGAAAGCCAUAGAUGAAUAUAUGAAGCUGGUUGGCCAGAAGUACCUGAUUGACACACUAGGGGACUUCAUCAACCGACUGUACGCCUCGGUGGAGAACUGUGAAGUUGACCCUCUCAAAUGUCCCGCUGCUGAACUGUCGAGCAACCAGCAGCACUUGAGGGAAACCUGCGAAGAUGUGGUGCAGAAGAUAAUCGGGAUACAUGGAUCUUUUCCUGAGGAAUUAAACAAGAUCUUCUCCAACUGGAUGGAGCUGUGUGAAGACAAAGGGAAAGCAGAAAUUGGGCAGCGACUCAUCUCUGCCUCGCUCUUCCUUCGUUUCUUAUGUCCUGCUAUCCUGAGUCCUUCUCUUUUCGGACUGACUCAGGCAUAUCCGGAGCCGAACACCCUGCGGACCCUCACCCUUACUGCCAAAGUCAUCCAGAACCUGGCCAACUCCACCUUGUUUGGAGAGAAGGAGGAGUACAUGCUGUUCAUGAAUGAAUUCUUGGAGCAGCACUGGGAUGGGAUGAGGUGUUUCCUGCAAACGGUGUCCAAUCAAGACACUGAAAUCCCGAUGACAUCCUUUGAUGGCUACGUAGACUUGCCCCUGCGUCUGGCUGUGCUGCACGGCCUCCUGGUGGACAUCAUCUACAAGAAGGAUCAGGACACAAUUGACAAGCUGCAUCCUCUGCCUUCAAUCUUGAACCAGAUAAGUGAUUCACUUGGUCCUGAAGCACCUCGGAUCAUUGUGAACAGUCAUUCAAAACCAUCCAAGCCGGUGUAUGUUCCUCCAAGGGAGUUGAGAAAGUACAGUCCUCUGCAGUCUUCCCUCCAGAGACUGCCUGUGGACUCCAAAGGCCUACAAGACAGUGAAAGCAGACCACGCAAGAACAUGAGAGAGAGGAAACCAGUCACCAGAACCCAGAGUGCUCCACACAGACGUCCCGGUCACGGCAAACAAGCCCUGAAGAGGCAGAUCAGCUCUGAAGCGCUGCCGACAUCGGACCACGAAGAGCAAGAGGCCGAGGUCAAUGAGCCAGUUAUCACACGACCAGAUACUAGUGAAAGCAUCAGGCGUGCUCCAGCACCGGUUCCAUGGAUUGUCAACCCCAACAGGGAGUCGGGUGAGAUGAAAGCCGAGAACGAGCAGUUCAGCUUACUGGACCGGCACGCCCAGGAGCUGUCAGAGCUCCGUCUGGGGAUAGAGCAGGUGACAGAGCGGGAGCUGGACAUGGCCAAACGUCUCGAGGACUUCAUCAUCCAAAGCCAGGACCAGAAUGCAAUGCUGCAAGCUGAGGUGUAUGAGCUGAAGAACCUGCUGGCGGUGCGAGACGAGCAGCUCGCCAGUGCCACCUUCAGGUUGGGAGUGAUUGAAGAGGAAAGGGAAGAAGAUGAGAGAAGGCUAGAUGUUGCACUUGCCGCAGCCGAGAGAAUGAAUGUGCUGGAGGAACAGUUUGCAGGCCUGAUGAAGGACCUGCAGCAGCUCAACGAGGCCUACAGCAGCAGCCAGAACAAGACGCAGCACCCUGAAAAGCCCCACAUCAACAGCACCUGAGCCCGGACAGACACACUUCUCAUUUUGUAUAAAUGCCUGUGCUAGACUCAACAAACCUACAAGGUUUAUCAACAUUUUCCGCUUCUUUUUUGUACCAAAAUGUCAAGUAUGUUUUACAUGUAAACCUGUCUGAUAAAUAAAAU